GCCUUGUGGGCGGGGCUGGCUUGGUUACUACGCAGGAGGGGGCGGGGGCGAUAAAACGGGGCCCCGCCCACCCUGCCGCGGCGCUCUUCGUCUCGCUGGCCGCGCUCUGGCCCCGCCUACCCCCCCCCCCCCGGGAGCCUCGGCCAAUCAGGUAGCGCCCUGUUGGCCGAGCCGGGUCUGCGCGCAGCUGGGGCCAAGAUGGCGGCGGUGUGGGUGCAGAAGGGGAGCCCGGCUGGGAGGUUUCUUGUAGCAGCCGUGCUCUGCCUCGUCGGCAGCCUCUUCCCCGCCACAGACGCCUCCGGCCAGAUAGACGCCGGAGCUGCCGGCCCCGCGCCGCCUCACCGGCGGUUCGAGUACAAAUACAGUUUCAAGGGGCCGCACUUGGUGCAGGGGGACGGGUCGGUGCCUUUCUGGGUGCACACGGGCAGUAAGUACCGGCGGGCAGGGCUCCGCGGGUGGAGGGGAGGGAGCGCCAGGGGUCCGAUGGCUUCACGUCAGGCCCGGGGCUUCGGCUCAGGGAAGCGCCGCAAGCAAACAGCAAAGGCGAGGGUGCCCCUGAGGCUGUGCAGAGUGCGGCUGCCUGAACAUGCGCGGUUUGUCUACGCGCGCCUGGGGUUCGCAGGUCCAGCAGAUUCUCCGCCCUCACGAAAAAUAAAAAUGUACAUAUUACGACGACCCCGGCGGGGGGAGCUGCAAACCUAGAAAGGCCUCCCUGGCGUUGAGGUCUGCUUCCUGACCUCCUUAUCUGUCAGGUCUGCCACGUGGCCCUUCUGGACUUUCUCCCCUCGCCCUUAAUAGUACAGGUAGGAGAAGCUUCCACAGGCGCAGGAUGGGGAAAGCAAGGCAUAUGGCUGGAGGUUGUGUGUUGUUCUCCCUUCAUCUCAGGUAUUUUGGGGGUUUCCCUUGUGUUGCUGCUGCUUCCUUAUCAGAAGUAGGUAAAGUGGGUCAAAGGUUGAUGGUGGUCCUCUACCUUUGGUGCUGAGAUACUUGCACAAAAUGCUGAAAGCUAAAUGAAAACGUAGUCUGUUCGGCCAAGGCACUACUUCGCAGGAGCGCAUAUUUGGGAGAAAAUAGGGGGGAAACACAAAUAACUUGUGAAGCCUUAGCUGAGUUCUUCUAAGUGCUUGGUUAAGUCUUGCUGUAUGCACACACACUCUUUCUGUAGAGCUUAUAAGGAAAGCAAUGCUUGCUGCUCAGAGUGAUGGUGAUAUUUAUUGGCCUUCUAUGUGGGUCUUGUAAUUAUGCCCAUCCAAAAUAUAUAUGUAGUAGCCUGUUAAGUGCUGACAGAAGUGGGACUCCAGAAACAAUGAUGCCUCUAAACACCAGUUGCUCUGGAGUCAGAUCAUACCCACCAUGACUCUAGCCAUUGAUAGUGUUAUCCUCUGUGUUUCCAGCUGUCUUUUGCAGCUAGCUAAGUUGGUGCCCAUUGCUGUCUCCUGUAGGAAAAAGUUCAAUAGUUCCAACUAUGCAUCGCGUGAAGAAAUACAUUUUUUUAACCUGUCCUGAGUCUUCCAACAUUCACGUUCAGUGGGUUUCUAAAAGUUCUUGUGCCAUGUGAGAAUGAGGGGGGAAAACCUUUGUCAAGCUUUCCCCAUGCCAUGGCUAAUUUCAUAAACUUUUGACAUGCACCAGGUCUUCUGUGAUGUGAAUGCAAUGAGGAUAAAAGGUCUGGCGCCACUGUUUUCAAACCUGUUGCAUAUUGGAGUGGAUGCAGGGAACCUGUGGCCCUCCAGAUGUUGUUGGACUGCAACUCUUUCCAUCUUCAGGCAGCAUGGCCAAUGGUCAGGAAAGUUAGUUGAGCUCCAGCAACAUCUGGCUGCAGCUUCCUCACUCCUGCCUUACAUAGUAGUAUUCACUCUAGAUUCAUGCCUUUUCUCCUUCCUGCACCAUGCACACACUUCUGCCUGCUGCUAUUGCUAUUGAUCAUUUAUAUAGCAACACUACUGUGAUUUGGCUUAUCUUUAAAGGAAUUACAAGGUUUGGACAGGGAGUCGUGGCUUUAUUAGCACAGACACACCAUUGCCACCUCAUCUUUCAGUUGGUGAAUACCUGUCACCUACUCAUUUUGUUUUAUAUUAUUGGCUUAUUGGUACAGGCCUUUCCUCACCCCUUCCCCCAAUCCUUUGUAACCAAGAGUAAAGACUUGUUGAAUGUGACUUGAGCAGAAAUUCUAUUCUAAUUUUCCUCAAGAAAAGCACAAGCCUUUAUUUCCUGCACUCCUUCAUACUGUGACAUUAUUUUAUUAACCUCUGUCCCAAUUUUAUAGCAUGUAGGCACAAGUUGUAAUACUUUAUUGUCCCUGAAUGCUAUUACUGUAUGUGUUCAUUCUACUUAAAAAACUUUAGCAUAUAUAGCUUGCUGAUGGAGCAGCGUAUUUCUUUUUACAGAAGUGUUUACACUGUCGUGGUGCUUUUCCACGGUAGGUGAUUAGUAGCAUCUUUCAUUCCCAUGAGGUAAACCACACCAUAUGGUGCUUAGGUAAGCCACAAAUAUGUCUCUGUAAUAGGUUUCUUUAAAUGUGUUCUGACAAGCACAGUGCUCUUUCUGUUGCUUGUUUGUUCAGGUCAUUACCCCCUGUGCCACUUUAUUGCAGUGAGAUACCUACAGUUUAAAUGAUUUUUCUCAUAUAAGUGUGUCUAAUGGACAGAAAUAAUUUUUACUCAUGCUGGUAAUAGUGACUACUGAUUGGAGGGUGGCAGCUAUUCCUUACUAUGUCCUAAUUAACAUAUUAGGAUCUUGGGAUCUGCUGUCAGCGGCCUGCUUUAGCAACCUGAUCCCACUCAGGGACUUUCCGUAGCUAACGUGUUUGGUCUUGAGGUUGUAAAUUCAGAUUGCAAUGUGUGACUUGUCAUUAGUUUGCUAACUCAGUACAUGAUGCAGGUGCCAAAAGGAUAGUCUAAAUAUACUCUUUAAGAAUGAACAUGUUCUUUUUAUUGAACAUGUGAAAUUACUUUAAACUGAAAUUUUGCAUGUGGUUUCCUGCUUUCUUUGUUUUAGUCAAAGCAUUUAUAGAAAUGCCAUAUGGGAAACCAUUGUAUAGUUAUGGUGAUGUGUCACAAGUGACAGAAAUGAGAGGCCUGCUUAUAAUUUUUUCUGUGUCCAGCAGCAUCUGUUUCUCUGACCCCCUCUGACAGUUAUUUCAUUUUAAUAAAACAUAUUAAAACAAAAACUUUAGUCUGAUAAGAGUUUUGAUUAAUUUGGUCUUAAUCCAUGUAUUAUACUGCGACUUCUUUUUAUCUUUAUUUCUAAUGUACCAGCCUCACUGCCUGCAGUUUGUUCUAAUGUUGACUGCUCUGUCAUUGAUUAAACCAGCACUUGAAGCAUGAAGCAAAUAACUUCUGAUACUGCAAUCAUUUGAUUGAAUAAGCAAUAAAGAAACACUCACACUUAACACAAUAGCCUUGUUACUAAUGAAUUGGGGAGAACAAAAAUAUCUGCACACUGUUUUCUUGAAACCUUCUUGGGCAGAACAGGACAUGGUUCUACAGCUAAUACGAGCUGCUUAGUGUAUUGCAAUAUAUUUUGCAAAGUACUUAUUUCUAUAGUGGAAUAUAAUAUUGGAAUGGGGAGGGAUGUUUGUGCAUGUUGUAUUUUUACAGAGCAGGACUGUGAUCAUGUGUGCUGUGAUUUUGUUUUAUUUUUCAAUACUCAGUGCCCCAAAUGCCCUCAUUUAGGAUCUUCACAGCACUGUUCUGAUUCACCACAUGCUGAAACCUUUCUAGUUUGCUUUGCGUUGGGGUCUAGAUUCCCUUGACUUUGGGCCACAAGUAUUGAAACAAAAUGAUGGGUCUCCACAGUGGAAGUAAACUGGCCAUGUUCCUUUUGUCUGCCAGAUGUUGCCUCAGUGACAGAUAAGAAAUGAACCUGCUCUUUUUUAAGUCCUGUAGAAAUCAUUUGCUCUGUCACAGUGUUAUGCUGUUUUAUGAGGUUUUCUAAAUGUUCUUAGUCAAUGGUGUAGCAUAGAGGUUGAAGGGUUAUUAGGGCAAACAAAUAUGUGACUCCUAUUCCCUCCUCCCUAAAAAAAAAAUCUCACUUUUCUAUUUACAUGUGGAUGUGCAUGGCUUACGCACAAGCUUAUCUUCAUCAGCCAACCUAACUUGUAAUUCCACUUCAUUCCUACUACAUAAUUCUAAAACUUGCCCAAUAUCCUACAUUUUCACAUAUGGCCCAGAUUCUGGAUAUUGAGGCCAGAGUCUUGCAGUAUGUGUGCCUGACUUCAAACUAGGUGUUCUCAGAUUUUCUGACAAGAGUAAAACCUUCCACAUCUUAAAUCUGCAACAUGUGAAGACCGCAUCCAUGAGAAUCACAGUUCUUUAGUUUAUUCACCACUACAAGCAUCAACUGAGUUUACACUUUGAGAUUGGCAUUGUGUUGAGGGAGCACCAUGUUUAAGGGUUCAUUUUCUCGUUCCACUGCAACACUGUAGUGUUGACUUGAUCAUUCACCAUUAAAUAUUAUCAGUGUCAUAGUUCUCCAUUUCAAUCUUGGCUUGGUCAUAGUCAUCUCAGUCUAACCAGGUGGUUGUGAGGCUAAACUAUGGGCACUGGUGGUGCACAAUGUAGGCUGCCCUUCGCUCUUUGGAAUAUGGGUGGGGUAAAACACAUGUAAUUUUCGGUUGUCAAAAAUAAAUUCUGCAAAUGGAGCCAAUGGUGUGUGUUUUUCUGCAGCAGUUGUACUUUGAAACACUUGAUUUUAAAAAUCUGUUUCUUACUUUCCUUUCAGAUGCUAUACCCAGCGCUGAUCAGAUAAGAAUAACUCCAUCAUUAAAAAGUCAAAGGGGAUCAGUAUGGACAAAAAGCAAAUCUAUAUUUGAAUACUGGGAAAUUGAAGUGACUUUCCGAGUGACAGGGAGAGGACGAGUAGGAGCUGAUGGACUGGUAGGUAGAAUGGUUGCAUUUGCAGACAAAUCGGUUGUAUGAACCCGAGGCCUAAAAUUUAGAUUUGAAUUUCUCUAAAUAGGCAGUCUGGUUUACAGAAGAACAAGGCUUAGACGGUCCUGUUUUCGGAGCAGCAGAUAACUGGAAUGGAGUUGGCAUCUUCUUUGACUCAUUUGACAACGAUGCAAAGGUUAGUGGAAAGCCAUACAGAAUAUGCACAGCAAAUAAAGUUCUCUAAUAGUGUGUGUAGUAGCCCUAUUUUGUAUGAGGUUCUGUAGACUCUAGAUGCCCAUUUCUUAAGAUAGUUGAUGCAGAACAUGUGAAUUUACAGCCAGUUUGCACUUGGAAGCACAUCCUACUGAAUUUAAUGACUUGCCAUAGAAUUGCCACCUAAAAUAUAUUUUGCAGAGCAGGCUCAUAAACUGUCUCUUGUUGCCAGUAGUAGAAUCUUAGCACAGGAUCCUGUGAACAUCUGUAUCAGGUCAGUUGUUCAAAGGAUUGGGAGGUAAUAAAUGCUUGGGUUCCUUGAAGAUCAUUUAACUAUUUACAUGGUAUCCCAUCAUAUAUUGUUAGAGUGGAUAGCAUGUUGGGGCAAACAUAAAAUGAUUUAUUUAUUUAUUUAUUUUGUAAUUGCAUUGUUGUGUUUUUAAAACAAAACCUUGACCCUUUCGUUUCCAAAAACUUGACCCUUUCCAAAGUGGAAACUUGUUCACUGGGGAAACUGUUAUAGUGCAUAAUGCCCACCCAUCUAUGCAGAUCGAGUGGGUAUGUGCAAGAUGCUUUCAGGAUAAUGUAAGGGUAGCUCUGCAUUUGAACAUAUUCUCUGUUGAGCUAGAAUGGAUGCAAGUGCCUUCUGAAUUAGGCAAAAGGGUCUGUCUCGUCUGGCUUUGUCACCAGAUAGUUCUGAUAAGCCCAUAGAUGGGGAAAAGGCAGUAGCUUUCUUUCACUGUUGCUUUUCAGGAACUGAUAUUCAGAGGUAUGCUGCCUUUGAAAUACAGAGGUUCCAUGUAGCCCUCAUGACAAGCUAGAUUAUGUUGCUUAGACCUGUUCUUCAUGAGUUUGACUUCUUCCCUUCCAUGUCUUAUGUGAAAAUGCAAUAACACUGAAGUUGUUGGUUAAAAAAAAAAAAAUCAAACCUAACUGUAACUAAUGGUGGGGGGUAGAGAAGGAAGAGCAGCUUCUCUUAAUCUCUGAAUUAGCGCUCCUUUUGCAUGAAGUCUAGAGACUUUUGUGUAAAAAUCAGUUGCUUUUUCUUAAAAGUUUAAGGGCCUCAUUCAGCCACCCAAAGUUAUUCAUGUUGGCAAGUCUUGCUGAACAGGUGUGGCCCAAUAUAAAGAGCUAUUUCAUUGGUAGGUUUUGUUGGGGUUUUUUGACUGCUUCUCAGUUAUUUUGUUAGAGAUAGUGGUAUCGCACCAAGUCUUAAAAGUCCUUGGCUUUGAUUUUUCCUGUUGUGUGUUAAGCUGUCCAGCUUUACUUAGCUCUUUUCAUACUUCUGAACAAUGCCUUUUACUGUUAAUCAUCUUAUUCGUGAAUACUAAUGCUUCAAGUUGACGUUUAUUCUCUGAUAAGAUAUGAAUAGUCUGUAUCAAGUGUUAUUAUUUAAUAAAUUUCUGUAUUAUAUGAAGAGCAUGGAGCAGUUUACAGUCUAAAAACACAAAAAUACAUACAAUAAUAACAAACGAAAACAAUACCCUCCUCCACACAGCUGAAAAGUUGUGUUAACUGGCUCUCUGAACACUUCAUAGGCCCCUCACUGGCCCUGCUUCACAACCCAAGUGCUUUUUUUCCUGGCUACAAUGUGUUCUUGAACUCUGAUAAUGCCUCAGAUUACAACUAGUGCAUGAUCCAGGACCACAAGCUUCACAGAAGCAUUGCACUAGGUUUUUUUUUACUAUACGUUGCUAAGCAGCGUCACCUUUCAAGUUAGAUGAGUUCUAGAUUAGUCUUAAAAACCACUUUUGAGAGAGACUUUUAUCUUGAUAUGUGUUUCCCCCUCAGAAAAACAACCCAGCGGUGAUUGUUGUUGGCAACAAUGGCAAGCUCCAUUAUGACCAUCAAAAGUAAGUUCUCUGUGGAAAGAUAUUUGGAAGGCUUAUAAAUGAAAAUUCUUGAAGUAAAUUAUGUUUGUUUGCUUUCAUUUUGAUUUCAUCCUGUGCAAUGACAGAGGGUUGCAUCAUGUUCUAAAAUGAGCGAAAGCUGGGUGUAUAUUUGGGAUUCCCCAAAUACAGUUGUUUCUUUGUAAGCGUUUUAGUGUUGCAUGUGCGCUGAUGCAGAUAUCCUCGUUUUUUAUUAUUACUAUUAAUGAGUAGGAAAAAUGAACUCAAAGCAGCUGAGAAACAGAUAUGAAAGCAAGGGUAAAAACAACCUAAAAGACAAUGAUAAUAAUAAAGGAGCAAAUCGAAUUCAACUCCACCCCACUGAAAAUAUGCAGAGUUGAGCUCCAAAGGCAUUGGUGAAUAGAACUAUUUUUUUAACCUCAUGCCUAAAAACAGAUCAAGAUGAUGCCAGGUUUCAUAUCAUGGCUAACAGUAGUUAGGCUUCCCUGAGUCUUUGCUAGGAACUGCAAGUGGUUUUUUAAACUACUUGCAGUUCCUGGCAAAGAGGGGAUUUUUGCUGCAUGUGGUUUCUUCUUUAGAGUGUACGUUAAUGGAAAUUAUGAUAAGUACCGUAUUUUUCGCUCUAUAAGACGCACCAGACCAUAAGAUGCACCUAGUUUUUGGAGGAGGAAAACAAGAAAAAAAAUAUUCUGAAUCUCAGAAGCCAGAACAGCAAGAGGGAUUGCUGCGCAGUGAAAGCAGCAAUCCCUCUUCCUGUUCUGGCUUCUGGGAUAGCUGCGCAGCCUGCAUUCGCUCCAUAAGACGAACACACAUUUCCCCUUACAUUUUAGGAGGGAAAAAGUGAGUCUUAUAGAGCAAAAAAUACGGUAUUUCAUUUCUUGAUUAGAUUGCUUGAACUUUAUUCUAGUCAUGGUGUCAACUCUGCACACCUGUGUGUAUUCUACAGUGGUGCCUUGCAAGACGAAAUUAAUUCGUUCCGCGAGUUUUUUCGUCUUGCGGUUUUUUUCGUCUUGCGAAGCACGGUGUCGGAAAAGCUUUGGAAAAGCUUCAAAAAUCAGCAAAGUCCUCAAAAACCUCAAAAAAGGCUACCACACCGCGUGCUAUGAGUUGCUCCUCGAAGUCAAGUCACAACUGUAUUAACGGUUUUAAGAAAAAGGAAACAAACUUGCAAGACGUUUCCAUCUUGCGAAGCAAGCCCAUAGGGAAAAUCGUCUUGCGAAGCAACUCAAAAAACCAAAAACCCUUUCGUUUUGCGAGUUUUCCUUCUUGCGAGGCAUUCGUCUUGCGAGGUACCACUGUACCAUAUUUCUGGUUUUAAAGUUUGUCUGUUCCCUCUUAAAGUGAUGGUUCCACACAAGCACUGGCGUCGUGUCAAAGAGACUUUCGUAACAAACCUUACCCUGUUCGAGCAAAGAUCACAUACUACCAAAAGACGCUGACUGUAUGUACUCUUAAUUCUUAUUAUAUUCUUCUCAUUAUACUUUUAUGUGUGUGCAUAUUAUAAUGUUGCAGUCUCUGAGCAGGCAUACUUCCUCAGGGAUUUAAAAGCUGGGAAAGAUUAUUAAUGAAAGCAAGAUGUGUGUGUCUUUGUUAGGAGAGGCCAGGUAGUUUGUACAAUCAGAGUUUGUAUUCCAUUUGUUUCUAGUUUGGCCUAUUGCAUCUUGCAGAACAACAUUUCCCCCCUCUCAAAGCUAAACAGAAGUUGGGUGCAGUAUGGGAAAAACGUGGCGCUGUAUUGAUUGCAUUCAUAGUAAGGACUGCAGGGUAACUAGGGAUUAUUAUCAUUCAUUGUGCCUUUAGGUAUAAAGAAUGGAAUUCUCAAUAAAUAGGCUGCAAUGCAGGCUUGAAGUAACACAUUUGAUGGUGCCCCUUAAUGGAAAGUUAAAUAGUGUUUUAAAUUACAAUUUUAUCGCAUAAUUUACACAGAUUAAGGCUGCAUUUUAAUGUUUUAAUGUUGUAUUUUAAUCUUGUUUUUAAGUUGUAUUCAUUCAACUUGUUUUUAUUAUUGGUUGUUAGCCGCCCUGAGCCCGGCCUUGGCUGGGAAGGGCGGGGUAUAAAUAAUAUUUAUUGUUGUUAUUAUUAUUAUUAUUAUUAUUAUUAUUAUUAUUAUUUACACAGAUUAAGAUGUAGGAGCAAGCUAGUUGGCCUUGGGCAUCACAAUGAGUUCCUCACCAUAUGUUUGAGGGUGGGUACAGAGGAAUUCCACUGUAAUUGACAUACAUUUAGCAUCUCUACGAAAUCUCAGGUGGCAGAAUGGCGAGAAACCCUCAGAAUGCCUCUGCCAGUUGAAGUAGACCUAUAUGGGCUAGACAGGGAAUUGGCCAAACACUGUAUAAGGCAACUUCCUAUCUUUACAUCUCUCUCUCUUUAAAAGAUAUUGAUCAACAAUGGAUUUACUCCAGACAAAGAAGACUAUGAGUUUUGUGCCAAAGUGGAAAACAUGGUGCUUCCUUCAAAUGGAUACUUUGGGAUCUCUGCAGCAACUGGUGGCCUUGCAGGUGAUUUUUAGUACUCAAGACAUACCUUCUCUCCUUCCUUUUUAGCAAAGACUUCCCCUCUCCCUUGGGUAAAUUAAUAACUGCUAAAUUGUGAAAUGUCUGCCAGCUUAGUAACAAGAGAAUCGGCAACCAUGACUGGCACCUGAUGCUAAUGUGCUUUGUGGAAGUCUGCAGAAGAAAGGAAUUAGACAAGGAUGUAGAAGUUCAAGUCGUUGCCCUAGAUGCGUUCCUUUUGGUUAAAUCGCUUCUGGUUCACGGCACUUGUACAUACCAGUGCUAUUGGUGGGUGGGGUUGGGCAGAGACUCCUUUAUGAGUUUCUCUUCCUGAUGGAGAGGGAUAGAGUCAAGAGCAUUGGCUCCAGUAAGAACGCUUCUGUAUAGCACUCUGCCCAGUCUAGGAGGGUGCUGGUUUUAACUUCAUGGAGGCUCACGCUGAUGUCCUUUAAGAUCCUCACCACCAAGAGCUUUGGGAGCAGGGAGAUUGUUGUUUGAGGAAAUAGAGGCCCAAAGUCUCUUAGUGCCGUGAUUGUGGAGUCUGCCACAGUCAGCUCUCGGGGGCCCCAGAUGCUGACGGCCAGCCUUGCAAUACAUAUCUGUCGAUGCAUCUCAGCAAUCUUACUGUGUGGUACUGCUGGUCACGCAGUAGACCAGGUGCAGAGACGAUCUUUCUUUUAUACAGAUGUCAUUCUACUGUGUUGGAACAAUCAGAGCUAAUCACUUGCUGUGUUUGGGAUUUUUUUUUUUACCCAGAUGACCACGAUGUCUUGUCUUUCCUGACUUUCCAGUUGACAGAGCCUAGCAAAGUCGCGGUAGGCAUCCUUGGGCAAUAAAAAUUACUUCCCUCGAUGUAUUUGUGUGACAGGGGCUUUGUGAGAAAAGAGAUUUCCCCUGUUCAUGUCAGCACUGGAUAAUACUUCACUCUCACAGUUUGAAGAGUGUUUAAAUGAAACAAAAGAUGAAUGUUUGGCUUGCAACUGGGGGAACUUCCUUCUUUUUAUAUAUAAUGGUGUUUUGGCAGCCAUCACCCGUCUGCAAGCUAUCUGUCAAUUUGUGCUUCAGUUCUAAUAUAUUACCUUAAAUUGUACUUUGAGUCAAUGAUUCCUAGCCUUUGGAUAAGGAGAAAAGAAUUGCUGUAGAGUUAUUUAGCUGAACGUUGCUUCCACAUAGGUUCUUUAAGGUGAACGCCCUGAAGCCUUAAUGAUUGAGGAGCUGUCAUUGACAUCAAUAUUUGAAUAUUGCAUUCAUGAAUUUGAUGGGCUCCAGGUAGUAGGUGAUGGCACGCUGGUUAUGAAGUCCUUUCCUUAAACUUUGCAGUGUCUUGAUUAAGCCUAGCCAAAAACACACAUUGGGAUGUCGGAAAACCACGAUUGCUUGAAUUCAGCAGCUGUAAUGCAUGUACAAGGUCCUGUGUGGUUGGGAUGAAAUUGCUUGCCCAGAGCAAUGUGGGUGAGAAUGCAAUGCAGAACUGGAUGCGGCUGUUGCUUUGAACUGAUUGGAUGCAGGUUAGAGGGGUGUGGUCUUCUUAUUGUACCAUCUGUCAACAUGGUCAACAUGAUCUAAAAAUUAUUGGUCCAUGCUUGAUUGUUAGUGUGUGAGAACAGGCCAGAGGGAAGUGGUAUAUUAGCGAUUUGUUAGUUCAUUAGGAGAAAGUCAUGUGAACAAAUGCUAACUUUUCUGGCUGCUAAUGGUAGGGGUAGGUCUGGAUGCAGAAUACCAAAGAUAUUUGCUGGAGACAUUCAGAAUAGCCUCCUAAACAAAUUUCUCUUAAAAUUGGUUUUAUAGCCUCCCCCUGAUACAGAAAUUCCUGAAAAGGACAAAGAGAAAUAUCAAGAAGAGUUUCAGCAUUUCCAGCAAGAGCUGGACAAAAAGAAGGAGGAAUUUCAGAAGGAGCACCCUGACAUGCAAGGGCAGCCUAGUAAGUGGCCAGGUAACUGGGAAGAGGGAUGACUCGGUUUCAAAUAUUUGCCUUCUUGUGAUGCAUUCAUCUUGAUUUGCUGUUAGACAUCUGCUAUGGUAACAUCUUAAACCAUAAUAAAAAUAAGCUAUGAUUUUUAAUGAUUGAGCGGUAUGGUUGUGCACCCUGCUACACUAGUGGUUGCUUCAUUUUCACAAUGCUUCUGCCAGGAAACAAGCAAGUGUAGCUUCAGUCAUUCAAACCUGGGUUCAUGACUUCCUUCUCUCCAAGCCAAAAACGAGUGGAAACCAAGAACAAACUUUGCGUUCUGCUGAUGGUUUGGAGGGAAGCAAACCAUGAGCCGGGUUUGGACAAAUCAAGCUAAAUGAGGCUCAUUUCCUGGCAUGAUUUCAUUGACAUUCAUUUCAUUGACAUUAUUUACAUAUAAACACACACGGAGCACUGCAACAUGGCUCCCUCUCUCUCUCUAGCAUCAGACAGCAAAGAGAAAAGGAACAAAGGACAAUAGUCCCACUUCACGGAACACAGUAACACAAACAUCCUGUCUCCAUCACUUCCCACUUUGUGGAGUCAAAACAUACACCUUCAUGUGAAAGCCAACAAUCCCAUGACUGCAAUCACGGAGCAGGAAUUCUAACAUUGAUAACGUAUACCUAGAAUGUCCUUUCAGUUUGUUUCUUAUUUGUUUUUUAAGCGGAUGAUCUCUACGAGACUGUGAGUGAUCGUGAGCUUAGGCAAAUCUUCGAAGGCCAGAAUCGAAUUCAUCUUGAAAUAAAGCAGCUCAACAGGCAGUUGGACAUGAUUCUGGAUGAGCAGAGGAGAUACGUCUCUACAGUGGCAGAAGAGAUUUCCAAAAGAGGAAGUGGUGGCCCAGCACAGCCAGGCCAGGCAAGCAAAACACGCAGUUCAUGCAUGUCUCUCAGGUCCCCUUCUUUGCCGUUCUUCACUAACUGUAUUGGGUUUGUGUCUCUUUCUGUGUUUCCUUAAGGUCCCCCAACAGGAGCUUGAUAAUGUUGUAAGAACUCAAGAGGAGGUCCUGAGACAAGUCAUCGAAAUGAAGUAAGAGUGCAUGCACAAAAGAGGACGUAACCCACCCCCACUUUGUUUCUGAGUUGUGUUUCAUGUUGCCUGGUGCAUAUACAGAAGUGUUGGGACUUGGGAUUUCCUUGCUCUUUAUAAUGCGCUUGAGAAAAGUGUUAUCUUUGCUCACUUAGCCUUUAUCAUUGCAACCAUGAAUGAUAGCAGAACAAAGAAAAUUACUAAUUACAACAAAACGAAAUGUGCGCAAUAAUAGUUUAACUUACUUAUCACACUACCGAGGAGGUAGAAAAUUAGAAGCCGCCAAGGCAAACCCUACCUCCACCAAUCCAUUAUUGCAAUAUCAUUUUGACACAUUAUUGACACAUUAUUGCAAGAAGCCAACAGAAAAAAGAAUUUCUGCCAUUCAGACCUGCUUGUCCCCCCCCCCCCCAGCUGAAUUGAGAAUUUUUGAACCAAUUGCAGAAAAGCAAGGCAAUAUAAACAUCUUCUAUAAAACCACUGCAUUCUCUUGGAGGGUUUAGAAUGUUUUUCUAGGCUUCAUUUUUUAUUUAUUUAAAGGAGUAGCAGCCAACCUGAUGCCCUCCAGAUGUUUUGUGGGCUACAGCUCCCAUCACCCCUGGCCAUUGGCCAUGCUGACUGGGGCUGAUGGGAGUUGUAGUUUAACAUCAUCUGGAGGGCACUAUACUGGGCAAGCUGCCUAAUAGGAAGCCUCGUUACCUUCUGUUUAUUUGUGUAGGGCUCGUUUCUAUUCAUUUUUCUCUCUGUUCACUGCUUAAGCAUUUUACACUGUGCAGCACCCAAUGUAUUUACAGACUUCUAGGGGACUCUGAAAUGUGAGCAAAUAUGUUUCAGUAAGGUUGUAGAGUUUCCCUCUAAAAUAGCAUGUGUUUGGGUAAACUGAGGUCGCUUUAUGAUGAUGAAAUGGGAGAGGGUUCCAGGUGGUAGGCCUGCAAAACCCAACAGUUCUGGCAGUGGAGUUUUGAGUAGCUGUGUGGCAAGGUUCAUUGGCGCGAGAGGAGAGCUUUAGGGCUGAUAGUUGAGAGGACCGUGUGAAUGAGUGCAGGACAAAGUGUGGCCUUUGUGCCCUCUAUGAAGUCCCACCUAUGGAGCACUCUAAAGCAGCGGUAGCAUGGCUAAUGGUCAAGGAUGAUGGGAGUUAGUAGUUUAGAACACCCUAGAGGACUCCCCAUUGGCUACCCCUCUUCUAAAGCUUUUGCCAGGAAGCGGGCACUUGCCUCUCACUCCCAGAGGGAGAUGUACCAAGUGUCAACACAUGUUCUUGGAUACAGAGUAAGCACCCGCCCAAACAGUUGUUUCCUGACAAAUGCAUUACUGGGCUCUGCCCAUCAGAAUGCCUGUGAGCUUGUGUCGCCCCUGUGUUCAGUUUGAAAACAAGAGAGGGAUAUACCUUGUAGGAGAUGUUCUUGCAAUCUUCGCGCAACGGCUUUGAACCGUUAACGUUGAUCACUGUUAAUGGUUCAAGGACUGCUCCUUCAGUGUGCCUAAGUAGGUCAGCUUUUAUAGAAUAAAGAUUAUAGAAUGUACUUCCAUUUUCACCCUUGUUUCUUGGGGACGGCUUUUAUUUUAAUAUUCUUGGCAAAUCUUAAUGCCGGACAAGUAAAUUAGAUUUCCUUGUUAACAUCAGAAGCCUGCCCUUUUAGUGACUACUUAUUAAGAAAGCUUUUGCGUAACAUCAUCUUAAUAUUUUCAGCUUGAGAUUAAAGAAUGUCUUGCGGAUACAAAACAAAAACAAAUCAGUAUCCCCAACCCCCAGCUUCCUGGCCUUUGUGGCCAUCGCCAGAGGGGGAAAGACUUACUGUCCUUGUAAUUUUCAUAUCAAGAUUUGUAUGUUUCCUAAUCGCUUCAUUAGAAAAGACUUCUAGCUUAUGUAGAAGAAAUUGGUCCGCUUCCCUUUUUGACCAGAGCAUUGUUGAAAUAAAGUGCUCUGUGUUGAGUGUUUACUGGGAUUUUUGAUCCAUAACAUUUGCAUUUCUGGUAACUUGACAAGUAGAUGAGUUACUUGAUUAUAAUCUUUAAAAAAACAACAACCUUACUUAAGCCUGGGAAUUCCCUGAUAAACAUGUAACGGUCUAUAUUUUUCUGGAACAAUAUACACAUGUGGCACGUAAACAGUUCUCUUUUAAACAAUUGUCGGGGGUAAAUGAGGCCAAGAGAUACAUUUCAUCCAGUGACUUUGAUGGCUUUGAGCCUUGGUCUCCUAAAACAGUAUUCUAAUCCCGAACCAACGUUGAGGAACCUGUGGCCCUUGGCUAUGUUGUCUGGGGCUAAUAGGAAUCGUGAUUCCAGCAACAUCGGAUGGGCCAGUUCCCAACUCCUGUCUUAAACAAGGUUCUGGGAUCCAGGAGGCAGUUCAACUCCAUGUUUUGCUAAUUUAAAUCUUAUGCAACUGGUAACCAAUGAAUCAUUCAUAUCUGCAAAUGUUGCAUCUUAACAAUGCCUGCUUAAAACAUGAAGCGUUUAUGCUUAACUUCAGCACAUAGCAACACUUAAAUGAAGAUGAGCUUUCCAGUGUGUUUGAAUGUUUACACGAAGCAGUGAUUUGAAUCGGUUCUUUUAAGUAAAGUGGCAAUCACUGUUAUUAUAUGGCUGAAUAAAGAGCUUUACUAAAGGCUACAGGGUAAGUCUCUGAACAAAGAGUUGCUGUGAAAUCAUCUUUUGUCCAAGCAAAUGUGAAGUUUCAAGUAAAUUAAUAGAAGCAAAUUUGGGGCAUAGACUUUGAUUAUUCUGUUAACAAUGAAAGGGAUUAUCAUUCAUAUGAUGAUAUGUCGCUGUAGAUGCUAAUCCUCUUUACAACUGGAAAGAGGCAUCACAACAAGAAACUUAUAUGAACAUAUUGAUUAAGAAACAGGCCUGCCUCCCUUAUCCAAUCAGUUUAGAUGUCUAAUAUCACCAGUUACAGCAUCUGCACUUUUUGUGGCUUUAAUUUUCUUUUCUGUAAGAGCAGAAAAUGAAUUUAUUCCAAGAUAAUUCUGUGUAUUGCAUUGAUGCAUGCGGGAAAUGAAAUUUGUCGUAUAAAAGGUAAUCAUGGGCCAUGUCUUUAAAUCUUUGCUUAUCCCUAAAGCAUAUUCUGCUGCUUGAAACAGAUUUUAGCUUCCUUAGAGUUUUGACAUCAUUUAAAGCUUUGGGAGACUUGGAUUCAGACCAGUCUUUGGAACAAAGUUGUAAGCCUUGCGACAGCCACAAAAUAUUUUAUUGCACACAGCUAGGUUGCCGAAGUCUGACACUGAAACACUGCAAAGCUGCAUCAUCAUCUGCAGAGUAGAAUAAUAGAUUUUUUUUUAGAAUUCAUUACUAAAGAAUGGUGGGUUUUCUUACUUUAUUUUUCCUUUAAAAAAAAAUUUAUUUCACUUUACUUCUACUUUACUUGGGCACUUUUAUACCACCCAGUCAACUGUGCUGCUGAUCAAUGCUGUAAUCUACUUACCUAGGAGUAAAUGCCAUUUAACUCAGUGGGACCUAAUUCUGGGCAGACGUGUAUAGGACUACACCUGAGGAGAGUAGAUAUAAUUUUCAAAUAAAAUUGGGGUGCAGGGAGCCAGACUUGGACUCUAAACAACAUCUGGAUACAUACAGAAUCUCCACCCCUUAUGAAAUGCAUAUAACUGUUGGGCUAGUGUAAGGGCUUUCCUGACGCCUAUUCUAAAAUGCCUUGAUUUGGGGCAUGUGUCUGAUUGGCUCUCCACACCCAGACAACACACAAGGCUAGCUAGGUGUGCACCUCUGGACAGCAGCAAACACUCAAACCUGCAGCUUGACUUGGGAAAUCUUGAGCAGCCAGUGAGUUGUGCUGUCUUACCUGAAACAGCCCAGUCAAAAGGGAGCUUUAACCCCACCUUCCUUGGACUGGGCAGCAGCAAUGGUCGUGGUAGAAUCUCACCCUUGGCUGCUCACUCCCAUCUGCUGCAUCUUGGCUCCAUACAUGGGAAUAAGCAGUUGAAGUACACAAAGGAACUGUUUGAAUAGAGUGCUUGCUCUUAGCUUGUCUCUCUUUUCCUUGGCCCUCGCAAGUAGUGGACCAAACAAACUGUGCUAAGAGAGUUGUUUGCCUCUGUUAGCUUUGCAGCUGUAAGGAGGCUAGAGAAGCUUUUGGUCCUCUCUUACGGCUGGUUACUUCCUUUGGGAAGGAGGGCGAACCUCUGUUUAGGAGGGGAAAUAUCACGAUUGGGUUUUUUUGUCUCUUUCCAGGAACUCUGUGGGAGAAACACUGAGGCUAGUCAGUGGCAGUCAACAUGCUGCCUCUGCUGGUGGAAUCUAUGAAACAACCCAGCACUUCAACGACAUCAAGGAGCAUCUCCAUGUAGUAAAGAGGGACAUCGAACAUCUAGUCCAGAGGAACAUGGUACUGCAGUCUCUUUGCUGCACUGUGUCUGCUUGCAUGCUACCAAGGGAGUGUUUUAAGGCCUGGCAAGGUGCCAGGGUUGGGCAUUUGACUUGGGCAAGGAUCACUACCUCAUAGGUGCUUGGAUCCUAGAUUGUCUGUGACAAUGCUGAUUGGCCCCAAAGCUUCAGAGCCGCUCAGAAGCCCCCCAAGGCUGCAGAGGAGGCCGUCAGACCAGGGCUGUCUUGAGUCAUUUUGAGAUUAAAGACUAAAAUCCAAAUGUCAACAUUUGCCUGUAAAAACCUAUACAGUGGUACCUCAGGUUACAGAUGCUUCAGGUUACAGACUCCACUAACCCAGAAAUAGUACCUUGGGUUAAGAACUUUGCUUCAGGAUGAGAACAGAAAUCGCGCAGCAGUGGCAAUGGGAGGGCCCAUUAGCUAAAGUGGUGCUUCAGAUUAAGAACAGUUUCAGGUUAAGAAUGGACAUCCAGAAUGAAUUAAGUACUUAACCCGAGGUACCACUGUAUUGCCACUCUUUUGGAUGGAGUUGGCAUGAUAGCUCAUCUACCAAGGCUCACUCCUCUACAGGAGACCCACUGCCAAGAAGCCCUGGCCCCUGCUGCUGCUGCUGCUGCUGCUGCUCCUCGUGGUUGCCUCUCUACCUGCUUUUUUCCCCUUUCUCCCUGGCCCAGAGGGAACUGACAGCAGCAAUGAGCAGGAGGAUUAUCAAUCACCCACCUGCUCACUUGACUAUUGGGCCUCUUUCGUGGCCCGCAAUGGCGUAACGGUGAUGAAGGGAAAGCAGCAACAUUGGGAGCAGUAGCCAUGAGGAGGUGGUGAGAAAAUUGUCUUGCCAAAGGGCCCUCCGGAACCUGAAGUUCUAGAGUGAUGCCCAAAAUCUCUGCCUGUCGGUAGGCUUGGUUACCUCCUGUGAAUAUACCAACACUCUGGUACAUUCACAAGUAUUCCUUGCACUCUCUUACACGGAAGCACAAGGGAAACCUUCCCUACUGCAUAUUGCAUUUGCUGAGAAAUUGUUCUCUUCCCUCUUGCUUUCUAGCCAUCAAAUGAAAAACCUAAAUGUCCAGAGUUGCCACAGUUCCCAUCAUGUUUAUCAACAACACACUUCUUUAUAUUUGUAGCAGUCCAGACUUUACUGUUCAUCGGUUACAUCAUGUAUAGGUAAGUUGGAAUGCGUUUUGCAUGCAUCGUGCCAGAAUAGAAUUGAUUCAGUGGCUCAAAAGUGCAAAACAGUCUCUCCUAAGCAGGCAUCAGUAACUGCAGAGAGGGAGGUGUAAAAACCUUCCCUUGUCUGAACAAAAUGAAAUAAAUGGUAGGCUUUGCCCUGUCAUUGGUGCCAGGGUGACUUGGUAGCUAGCCAAAACUCCCUUUCCACCCUGCCCUCCCAAGGUCUUGCUUGCAGUGUCAGAGAGAGUUUCAGAGGUGCUUGGAAUUUCUCAGGUCCCCUGCCCAACCACAGGGAGCCACCCUCUCUUGUCCUCCCAGUUCUGAGCUCAGUAAGAACCACCCUGAAGCUGUGUUGAGCCUCAGUGAAACUCUGAAAGUGAGAUAUCUCUGGCUGCUUUUCAGAACUCUGAAGCUCACUGUGAAGUACCCAGUUCUUCUCCAGAGCUUGAGUUUAAAGGCACACUCUGGUGGAUUUCUGACUUAAAACAGUUUUUCUUAACCAGUUCCAGUUCUCAGAAUCGCACACAAAUACUUAGAAAUUUUCUGCAGAGAUGAAAUCUGAGUGGGACUCCUGAGAAAGAGUCUCUUCUUUGUUUGUGCAUAGAUCCUCCAUCUCUCUUGUGACCAUCAUUUCCAGGAUCUUAACCACUUCAUUAUAUUGUCUUCCAUAUUUCAGGAGUCUGGGCUAUUUUUCCUCAGCCAGUCUGCAUCCUAAAGCAUCAUCAUCAUCAUCAUCAUCAUCAUAAUAUAUUAUUAUCUAUACCCCACCCAUCUGGCUGGGUUUCCCCAGCCACUCUGGGCGGCUUCCAACAGAAUAUUAAAAUACAAUCUUAAACAUUAAAAGCUUCCCUAAACUGAGCUGCCCUCAGAUGUCUUCUAAAAGUCUGGUAGUUGUUUAGCAUGAACUAAGAUAAUUGUGCCACCCCACCUUAAAUUCCGCAGUAGGAAAGCUAUGCACCCGUGUCCAGUAUUGAGGCUGUUAGGUUAAGCAUCUCAUUAGCAACUGAAGCCUGGCAACUCCCAAUAACAUACCUCUCUAAUCAAGGGUUCCCAAAAGUUCAAAGUACACUUCCGGGGGACAAAGAAGCAAUUGCAUCGCCCUUUCUCUUAUGUCAGCUUUUAAGAUUAGCACUGCCUACACCUUUUUCUUGCCCUAGGGCAGGGCUGGCUUCCCCCGCCCCCCAGCUUGAGUGUUGCAUUCACCAUACUGCAUGGCAGCAGUGAUGUAGGGCUCCCUCUGCUCCCCAUGCAAAUUAAUGGCAAGCGUGAUCUCUCUGCUAAUUUGGAUAAGGAGAAAAAAAGAGACACUCCUCCUGGCCGGCUGUAGCAAUGGAGAGGAGGCUGGCAAGCCACUUCAAAUGGCUUUGCGGGCCUGAUUCUGGGGACAAGUGACAGAUAGAGAUUAUGUUUGCUAGAAGUGCCAAGUUCUGUAGAACAGUAAGUGGACAAGAUUUUGCAGGCUAAACAACACACUGCACGGCAAUAGUCUUGUUGUCUCCUCUAUUUGUGCAGCAUGCCCUUGGGGAAUAGUUGCUUUGAAAUGCAGAAGAGCAACUUUUGGGAGCCACUUCUCCAGCCACCCACAGUUCCAAACUGGUGGAGGACAGAGAGUUUCAGGAGGGAAAUGAUUUGCACAGGAAGAGUUAAACGCCAUUCUCUUCCCCCACCCACCCACACAUCCCUUCUUUGCUUCAAAGUUCCUACUUUCAAGGAUCUUCUCCAACAGAGUCACUACAUACAGGUGUAGGUAGUUUGUCCCUAAAAGGACCAAAAAGUUAGUGCAAAAUAAAGUAGGUUAAAAUGGCCACACUUUCACAAAGCUUUUUUAUUAUUAUUUGAAAGAACCUGAAACAAUUUUGAAAACUCAGCCCUAACCACACUUUGGCCUGCAUGUCUGAAGACUUGACUCAGUUGGUUCACAUUCAGCUGGAGGGGUGGUUCAUGCCCGUUCUGCUUCUAGUCUUAGCCCGUAAAAAAGGGAGCCCAGACUAGUGCUUGUACCACUCUGGCUGAUGUUUGCACCCUUGCUCUGAAUUCUAGAUCUGGAGUUCCUAGAUCUGAAAGAGGUACUGCCUUGCUGAAAUGAGCAAAAGGCUUCCUGUGUUUGCGUCUGCUAAUUUCUCUCCCCUUUUUGUUUGCGUGCAGGACUCAACAAGAAGCUGCAGCCAAGAAGUUCUUUUGAUGGCCAGCCUGUACGCAUCUGGUGUGUGCAUGCAGAGCGUUACAGGAGUUGCAGAUGAGGGAAACUUUAGUGUUUAAAAUGCUUCAAUAUUUUAAAUUAUUGAGUGUUUACUGAAUACGCUGAAUUUCAGAUAAAAUGUAAAAUUGACAAUGACGCUGAGGAAGAAAUGAGACCAGUUCUGUCCUUGCGUUUCCAGGAGAUGUUGGAAUAUGCCCCUUAAUUCUACUGUCAAGAUACUUCCCAGGCAGAGAACUGGGACUGUGGUCCUGCUCGCACUGAUUAUUACAUUAUCUGAUUUUGGGUGGGCAGGGGGCGGGAAGAGCUGCUGUAAAACAUUUGUUACAUAUCAGAUUUAUUUGGGGUUGGGAAACCUUAAAAUUGCAUUCCCCUUCUGUUUUAUGGAAAGAGGUUGCAAAACUAGCAUUCAUAUCUUGGGCAAGUUCAGUGUGGUAUGUUGCAAGCCCACCUUCAAAAAUAUUCACAAUAACAGUGAUCAGCAGAGACAUUUAAUCAAAAGGUCUUUAGAGCAACGAUUCAGUGGACCAACACAAGGUGGAAUUUUCUUGUGUGGCGACAACGGAAGAAAACAAGUCUGCCAAAUACUGUAGUCCUUUCAAGCAUGUUUUGGUAUAGUUCUUCUGAAACUGACCAUACUUUUGUAAAAGUGUUCUUUAACCUCUCUUCAAGGAAGAGACCUUAGCUUGCAUGACUUUUUAAAAUUAAUCUGAGUUCAGAGUAUAUGAUAUAGUGGUGGUCUUCUUUUAAAAAAAAAAGUCACUGAGCAGUGUUGAAAACCAUGCCGAUCCUGCAGUGAACUCUUUAGAAUGUUCUCCAAAAUGUUGAAUACCUUCACCUGGGAACAUUGUGAGUGCACAUCAACCGUUUUCUUACAAACUGGCCCAUUGUUGAUCAUCCCUGCUUUUGCUGUACAGGUGUUGUUUAUAAUCCGCUUAAAGUUUUUGGUGCCUCGCCGCCUUAUCAUGUAAACACAUUACAUGGGAAUUCCCACGCCCCAACUGAAAAUACAGAUUUACUCUUGCCUUGUUUACAUCUUGCAAUUCGCUCUUGUUGCCUUCCAAAUUGCAUUCAAAUGGCCGUGGAAAUUGUAGGCCUUUAAUAGAAUUUAAAUCAGGAUUUCUAACAAUGUUUGACUUUAAGAAUUGUAUCCAGUGCUGUUCUUUUGCUUGUGGAAAGGUUUUUGACCCUGUGAAUGGAGGAGUGAGGGGAGUGAGUUUUGCCAAAUGCCCCUUCCCUUCACACCAUCUCUGACUUUGCUGGAGGAUUUGACAACCAUCUGGAGCGGGGCUGGGGAAAGGCAAUGGGGAUUGCAGAGGAAAUACACAAUCAGCAAAAACUCACUUCUGUUCACAGGAGUUCUGCAAACGGAAGGACAGUAUUGGAAUCCACCCUGAACAUUUUUCAAAAGGCAGCAACAGUCUACCACGUUCAGUAUUACGUACGUUAAAGGCAUAUUGCCCUUGUCAGCUUGGAAAAACUGAACAAAUCUAUGCAAUAGUUUUCUCCUUCUCAAAUGAGGUCUCCCCCCUUCCCUCCCUGCCAUGACUUCAGUAACAUUAUGUGCUGAAUUAUAGAUGUUUCUCAUCAGGCUUUUAUUUACUGUUUGUUGAAGGACCUGCUGCUCAAAACUUCAAUUCAUAAUAUGCACAUAAGGACAAAUAAAACAGCAGCAGCAGCAUUUUUAACUAACCAAAAUCAUACAAGAGGGCAAAUUAACUUGCUCAGACUCACACCAGCAAGUAUUUUUACAGGUGCCUUGGACUAAAUGAAAUACGUAAAAGCUACUGUUCUUUUUUUAAUUAGAAAAGGAACAUCUGCUCAAGUUUUGCUCCCACCAGCACCAAAGAAAGAUACAUCUUCUACUGCAGAAAGACUUUUCAGUGCUUUUUAUGCUGAAAGAACUGAUUUCAGUGAGAUGUUUCUUUCUGAAAUAUCAUUGGAGAAACGAGAAUCUGCUUGUAGAUGACAUCUCUUAUCUUCUUUCAACAAAAUGUGAAACUUCCCAGCUGUGAUGCAUUCAAUUUGAGAAUUAAAAUAUUGAAGCAACCAGUGGUAUUGUUCUCUUGUGUCCGGGUGGGAUAAAACUGGGUCUUGAAGUAACCUGUAGCCUGGGAAGUAAUACCAGAGCAAUGCUUUUCUGAAAACUGCAGCAUUUUGACCUAUGUCUUGAAUGGGAGUAGAAGGCUGCCAAAACACACCCCUUUUCAAAGGUGGUGUUCCAAACUGGUGCAUCUUGACUUGGUGCUAGCAAAAAGAAGAGAUUUGCUAUGUGAUCCCUGCCAAUUCUACGCAUCUAAACCGAGCUACUCCCACUUUUUCAUAAUUCUCAGCUAUACUCUCUGUUCUGGUAUGUGGUCAAAUGUAAGCACAUUUUCCAAAAGGCUACUUGUGUUAGCAUUUCUAAUUGGUGUAAAUACUAUUCCUUUAGACUGCAAGAGAACAACGUACGAAUCCAGUUUUAGAAGCACUUUGCAUAAAACCGGUGCUGUGUUGUUCACUGUUACACGUGAUCGUGCUGAUGAUGGAUAAAAUUCAAACGAGCAAGCGCAGAAUGUUCUUAACUAUGUACAGACCACCUUCUAUGGGUGAAACCUACUGUUUAAUGGAUAAACACUGCUGAAGAUAACUUUGUAUCGUCAACUCCUGUAUGCUUAAAAGAAAAAGCUGUCCUCUUGUCCUCAAAAUCCAAGCACUUAAAGGAAAUUGGAAAUGAAUUUGAAUAAAAGUACCUAUUUUUAGC